AUGUCGGCGCUGAGUGUGGACCGACUGGUGCUCAUGACGUGGUGUCCCGAGAGCUCGAGGAUUAAGCAGAAGAUGCUGUACUCGUCAUCCUAUGACGCCCUCAAGAAGGCGUUGGUCGGGGUCUAUAAGUACAUCCAGGCGUGCGAUGUCGAGGAGGCCUCCCAACAGACCAUUGAGGAGGCCUUCCGAAAGGGCUCCCAAUGA